GUUUGUUUUGAACUGUUCAAGUUUGCGAGCGGUUUACAACAUUUUGUUUAUAUUUUAUUUUUCCUUUUAUACCAAUGUAAAUCUUUUCUCCGUUCUCUCUCUCAAUCGAAUAUCAAGAAGAACCCUUAGGUAUAGUACACUAAAGAGUCAAGAUUUAAUUAAUUGCUGUCGCCCCAUCUAGUGUCAUUUUUAGUGCAGUGUCCGCGCUGUCCGUCCAUUUCUCUCAAAACACCACUGAUUUAUCAAUCUAAAAUUCAGCUGGCUGGACGUGUGUGACGAGAAGAAGAAAAAAAAAAAACACAUUGUUUUUGUUUAAUGUUUUUUUUAUUUUUGUUCUAUUUUGUUAUGACUAAAGAAAUAUAAAUUUUUUUAUUAAUAAAAAAACAAAAAAAAUCAUCAUUUUGUUUAUAUUCUUCAAUCUUCGCUACGAAGUGAACUUAAUUUCGAUAUAAAAAAAUGUUUUCUUGCCCCUCGUGUGUUUGAAAAUAAAACUUGUGCCAACGACCUUGCAACGCCCUUGAAUGACAUUCUUACUACGCGACGACAACGACGACGACCGAUGGAAAAGAGAAGAACGCUCAACCGUUGGUUCUGAAUUUAUCUGAAAACAUUCGUCUCCUAAAAAACACUCCUUUAAUAAAUUUUUGCGGUGUUUUUUUCUUUUUGGCCUUUUUUUAAUUUGUAUUUAUUUAGUUAAAUUGAUUCAUUUUCUUGAAAAUAAGAAUUUGUUGUAUCUAACUGAAAUUAAUUAAAAUUAAUUAAAAAAAAAUUAAACCCUGGUGGUUACUUUGUGAAACGUGUUUAAGUGUUUUUUUGUGCAAAUUUGUGUUAAAUAAAACAAAUAUUUUUAUUAUAAAUUGCAUAAGGAUUAAAAAAAAAAAAAAAAACAUUUUUGGGGCUAAAUUAAAUAUAUAGAUUAUAAUACUUCCUCAUCCACUAUCCAGUAAUGAUUCGGAUUGCUUUUUAAAAGACCUUGUACAUACAUAUUUUGAAAAUUUAAAGUCUGACGUAAAUGAACGGACCGGGUGAUAUACCAUUGACACAAAGUGUAACUCCUGAAGGUCCUUGUGGCCUAGUUGCAGUUAUACCAACAUUAGGUAUGUCAUCAUGUCGUGGGCGUGCCGAAGCAUUUGCACGAACGUUACAAUCAAAACUUAGAACACUUGGAUCACAAAAUGAAGAUAACUUAUCACAAGAAGAAGAGCCAAUUAUCAAUGGCGGACCAUCAUCAAACACAUGGGUUCCAUCCACACACGAUUCCGAACAAACUGUUACCAAUUUACAACCAUUACGACAUGAAUCUGACUCAUUUUUCGAUUUCGAUUGUGAGCUUGAAAGUCCUGGCAGCCCCGUUGAUGAAUGUGAAUACCUAAGAUUAAUUGAGUCUGCAUCAAAUACUCCACACAAUUCAGCGACUGAAUCAGGAUAUGCCUGCACUUCAGUAGCUAGUAGCCAUAGUUCCUCUUCCGAUUGUACUUUCUUUGAUCCUGAAACAGAAUAUACAGUUCCACAACAAAUUCAAUUUCAACAGCCACGAUUAAGUAGUACUGCUGAUAAUGAAUCAACGAUAGAACUUGACAAUAUCAGAGAAUCACUCGAAAUUAGUUUAACAAAUGGACAUGGUGAUUCAGAAAAUUAUAAUGGACUAGAAAAACAGAAUAAUCUUCCAAAAGAUAGCAGCGAUGAUAGUAACUCACUGCCGCCGGAAUUCCAAGACAGUUGUUGUAAAAAUGAGUCAAUUAUUGAAGAUGCCAUAAAAAAACAAGAGGAAAUUCUGAAUGAAUUGCAAAAGAAAAGUCAAAUUAUUUCCUCAACACCAACGCACAAUGGACAAAGUAACAAAAUAACCGAAAAAAUACAGCAAAAUGAUGAAAGCAAUAUCAAGAUUUCACUUGCAGAAAUUAAGAAUCUCCAUGGUGAAUCAGAAAUUACAAUUAGCAUCACCGAACCUGAUGAAUCUGAAGAACCUGAAGAAGAAACACAAACAAAAACCACCGACCGUGGUAAAAUAACAUCCGUCUUAGACACCGACGAUGAAGAUGACUGUAGACCCCAGCGUGUUAGACGUUGUUCAUCACUUAAAACUGGAAAAACUCCCCCAGGAACUCCAGGACGAAAGAAAAUUGUCCGCUUUGCCGAUGUCUUGGGUCUCGACUUGGCCGAUGUUAAAACCUUUUUAGAUGAAAUACCAAACAUACCGAAAUCAGCAUUCGAGGAUUUGGAAAUAAUGGAAUCAGAGCCACCAAUACAAUUAGGGCCAAAAUCUGACAAACUACUGAUGCCAUUAUUCCAACAACCUGGCGGUCUGCCAACAUUCCUCGAUCUGGUGCGUGAAAAGCAAGUUUCUCUAGAAAAUGCUGCUGUCUCAGAUCAUAUCAAUCAUACAAUAAACGGUUCAGUGAGAGUGAGAAAUCUAGAUUUCCACAAGUCAGUACAUAUUCGAUAUACCAUUGAUAACUGGCGUACUUAUGCUGAUCUUCAGGGAACUUAUGUGGAUAAUUCUUGCGAUGGUUUUUCAGACAAAUUUACAUUUGUUUUAUAUGGCAAUUCAAUGCAAGUCGGACAACGUCUUGAAUUUGCAGUACGCUUUCAAUGUAAAGGACAACAGUUUUGGGAUAAUAAUUUCGGAGCUAAUUAUUGUUUCCAAUGUUUGCCAUCGACAUCUCAAACUAACCUAUCUGCUGCAUCUCAGAACUCAUCAGUUGGGUUACCUGACUCAACACCACAUCAUAAUGGUAAUGAAGGUGCCAUAUUGAGUCCAGCUGCUGGAGAAACUUGGUGUGGAUUCUAUUAGAAAAAAUCUCUUCUUUUUUGUAUAUAAUUAUGUAUUUCUGUUAUUUAUAAAAAGAAAAAAAUAUCCUGAAAGCCUAAAAGUAUGCAGGUUAAAUUGAAGGAGCUAAGUGUUCCUUCUUUUUUUGUAAUACGAGUGUAGAUCACUAUUUUUUUUUUUUAAGUUAAAACUGACAGAAAACACCAAUUUAUAUGUAAAUUUUAUUCAAUUAAGUAUGAACAUCACAAUGAACAAAAUAUUUUAUUUUAUAUCGCAUCCCAAAGAUUAGAUUUUAAACUAAAAAAAAACUAAACAAAUUACAGAAUUAUUAAAAAAAAAAAAAAAUAGAUGUUGGCAACACUAUAAGAUAUACAACACAGUUUACCAUACAUUUUCAAAAAAAGGACUGAAAUAUUAAUAAAAUCAGGGAAACUGUUCCUUUUUUCCAACCCAAAAUAAUCAUGAUAUUGGUUGAGGUCCAAAAAAUGACUAUAAAUUGUUUUACCAUUUCCUAUUUCUGGACAAUGCUGGUCUUUAUCCUUUGACAUUUCCCUCAGUUCAUUAAAUAAAAGUUCUGGAAACAAAAUGUAAACUAGAAGAUACAUGACACAAGAGACCUACCAACAAUCUUUUACUUUUGUUAUAGAAAAAAAAAACAAAAGUUAUUUUUUAACCAAGAAAAAAACCUUUGUUUCUUUUUUUUAAAUAUUUGACCUAAAGCUAAGACUAAUAAAUAAAAAAAAUUCUCUCAUUUGCAUCUGAAGAACUUUGUAGAAAAAC